CAGCGUCCUAAUUCUGAACGGACACUCUUGCACAGCACGUCGAUUGCUUUCUACCUCUGCGUCGACGGCUGUGUCUCGUUACAAUGUUGAAAGAAGAUAGCACGGCCUAUCACGAAUAAAUAACGGUGUCUUAUCCGUCGUGAGGAAGGAGAUGCUCGUAGUUUGCACGUGAAGCCCAAGCUAGUAUUGUGAAAGCUGCGAGGAGAAGAGGAUUGUUCGCGAUCGAUCGUUCUUCGAGAUCUCCCGAGGAAUAUUUGCCGAAGGCAGGUUUCUGUGGGACUGCGAUCCGCAAGGCUGCUUCGUUGCGACCUUGACAUUGAUCAUGGACAGAACACGACUUGCGUUUGUCACGGCUGCUGCCGUGGGCGCUGGCACGGCUGUUUUUGUUAUAUGGUGGUGGUGGAUUAAAAAACAGAAGCCUCAGUUACCGUCAAAAUGGCGAAAAGUCGGAGAAUUGAGCGAUAUAAUGGUAUUUCCUAUUAAAUCACUUGGCAUAAUUCGCAUGAAGGAAAUGGAAUGUACUAAAUUGGGUCUGAGAUCGGGUUGGUUGAAAGAUCGAACGUUGAUGGUCAUCGAUCUCGAAGGACGAUUUCUCACCGCCAGACAGUUACCCAAAAUGGUCAAUAUAAUACCUGAAUAUUCCGGUUCCGUAUUGACGCUUCGCGCUUCAGGUAUGAUGUCGAUAUCGAUAGAUCUCGCUCAGCUUCGCGGCAAACCUUUCCAAGUCGCUGUUUGGGGUCAAGCGGUACCGGCGCGCGAUUGCGGUGAAGAAGUUGCUCGAUGGCUGUCACGCUUCCUUCUUCAAGAAGAUACCGGUCUUAGGUUGGUCUACUAUCCAUUAGAUCGACCGGCGAGAGAAAUAAGAAAAAAAAAUGAAAAUUACUUUCCGUUACUAACAACGACCGAUACCGGAGCCUAUCCAGAUGAAUCAAGUUUUUCUUUGAUCAACGAAGCUUCGGUAGCAGAACUUAAUAGCCGACUGGAUGAACCUGUCACAUCGCAGCAAUUCCGUAUGAAUUUUGUGGUUAAGGGUGCCAUUGCUUAUGAAGAAGAUAAAUGGGACUGGGUGAAAAUCGGAGACGUGAUUUUGAGAAAUGUUAGGCCGUGCACAAGAUGCAUUCUCACUACAGUGAAUCCAGAAACUGGAACAAAAAGUACCAAAGUCGAACCUGUGAAGACUUUAAAAAGUUAUAGACAGAUAACCGAUCCGCAAAUUCGACCCGCAGUUGGCGACAGUCCAGUUAUGGGAAUUCAUCUUGGUUUACGAGGAUCAAAUGGAAUUGUUCGUAUAGGCGAUUCGGUUUACGUGAAUAUCCCGGAAGAGGAAGCAACACCAUCUUUGACUUCACCAUCAUAGCUACACCGUUGGGACUCCUGCGAAAGUUUAGAAUGCGAACAAAGCAUCGACUGACCGUCGAAGGCAGGAAAGCAUGAAAAGCGGAGUCCACAAUCAUCAAUGAAAUAUUUAAAGAGACACUUGUGUUAUGUGCACGAUUAUAUGUAUAUAAAAUAUUUUUAAUUAAUAGUAUAUGA